GUGAGCUAUAUGGAAAUAUACUGUGAGCGUGUGCGUGACCUCCUGAACCCUAAGAAUAAGGGGAACCUGCGUGUGAGGGAACACCCCCUGAUGGGGCCAUACGUAGAGGACCUGUCCAAGCUGGCUGUAACAUCCUACAACGACAUCCAGGACCUCAUGGACUCUGGAAACAAGGCCAGGACGGUGGCCGCCACCAACAUGAACGAGACUAGCAGUCGCUCCCACGCUGUGUUCAACAUCAUCUUCACUCAGAAACGACACGAUGUUGAGACUGAUAACACCUCUGAGAAGGUCAGCAAAAUCAGCCUGGUGGAUUUGGCCGGCAGCGAGAGGGCCGACUCCACAGGAGCCAAAGGGACCCGGCUCAAGGAAGGAGCAAACAUCAACAAGUCUCUGACCACUCUGGGGAAAGUCAUCUCUGCCUUGGCCGAAGUGGAUUCUGCACAAAAUAAGAACAAGAAGAAAAAGAAAGUGGAGAGUCACAUCCCUUACAGAGACUCUGUGUUGACCUGGCUACUGAGAGAGAACUUAGGGGGAAACUCUCGUACUGCCAUGGUUGCUGCUCUCAGUCCAGCUGACAUCAACUAUGACGAGACUCUCAGCACACUCAGGUACAACAACAAAAAAGGAUGA